AGGCACAUUGUGUUCGGAGUUGGAAGUGAGCGGAGGAGCGAGGAUGGGCAGUGGGAGCUGCGCGGCGAUCCGACAAAGUGUCCUCCCGCAGCCGUGCGCGUCCUAGGCGAGAGGAGCGGGCGCCGUGCCGUGAGGUGGGGGGGAGGGAACGACUCGUUCCGUCCCGGCCGGUGAAGGGAAAUGAGCGCAACAACCGGACAGUCCCUGACUCCGACUGGGCUACUUGAGGUGGGAUUGAUUUUCAAGGUGGCGGUGUGGAGGCUGACUGGCUGGCUGGUGUUGUUGUUUUCUUCUUCUUCUUCUUCUUCUUCUUUCUGAAGUCAACUGCACGAAGUAAACGGAGCGACAGGAGGAGGAGGAGGAGGAAAGAGGAAGGAAUCCACAGCCGCGGGGCUCCCGAUCGAGCGACUGUCCCGGAUUGCGAACGGCACUUUUUUUUUUUUUUUUUUUGUCAUUUAUGGGAUUAUUUCCGAGUGGAGGCCCCCGGAGUUUGAAGUCGCCGGUGGGCGCUACGAUGGCAGCGAAGAAAGCGGAGCCCGUCCGAGUUUGGCUACUUUUGCAUUCUUUCGGCUUUUUCCUCCAAGAAGCCCCCAGCACGGCGGCGGCGGCGGUGCUGCAGACACACGGUGCGUAUGGCCAUCUUGCUGGCCUUCCUCAGGUGGCCGAUGAAGUUUCGGUGGACGUCAGGCUCCUCGGUCACAGAUGGAGGAGGGAUGAAUGGCCGUCGAUGGACAGUAACAGGGCAGGCCUGGAGCAGGACACCGCUGACCCCGAGAGGCUCCCUGAGGUGACCCCACAGGAGGACCGUGACACACAAGUUGAGGAAGACACGGAUCACAAACACUACACGUCCAAAAUGUAUGGACCCUCAGAUUCGGCGAGCAAAGACUUGUGGGUGGACAUCGACCACCUGGACAAGGAGAAAGUGAAGAUCCACGGCAUCCUGUCCAACACUCACCGGCAGGCCGCGAGAGUCAACUUGUCCUUUGAUUUUCCCUUUUAUGGUCAUAUCCUGCAUGAGGUCACCGUGGCAACAGGCGGGUUCAUCUACACCGGUGAUGUGUUGCACCGAAUGCUGACGGCCACCCAGUACAUUGCCCCCCUGAUGGCCAACUUUGACCCCAGUGUGUCGAGGAACUCCACGGUGCGCUACUUUGACAACGGCACGGCUCUGGUGGUCCAGUGGGACCACGUGCACCUGCAGGACAACUACACCCUGGGCAGCUUCACCUUCCAGGCCACUCUGCACAGCGACGGACGCAUCGUCUUUGCCUACAAAGAGAUCCCCAUCUCGGUGACUCAGAUCAGCUCCGUUAACCAUCCCGUCAAGGUGGGCCUGUCUGACGCUUUUGUGGUGGUCCACAAGACUCAGCAGAUUCCCAACAUUCGUCGACGGACCAUCUAUGAGUACCACCGAGUGGAGCUGCAGAAGGCGAAGAUCAGCAACACCUCAGCAGUGGAGAUGAUGCCACUUCCAACUUGCCUGAACUUCCAGAGCUGCGGCCCCUGCAUCUCCGCUCAGAUCGCAUUCAACUGCAGCUGGUGCAACAAACUGCAAAGGUGCUCCAGCGGGUUUGAUCGGCACAGGCAGGACUGGGUGGACAGCAACUGCCCUGACGAGACUAAAGAAAAAGUGUGUGAUGGCAUCCCGGACACCACCAGGCCCCCGCCGUUUACCACGACGCUGCUGCCGCCGAUGACCACAGGGAGCAAACUCUUCACGACGCUCAGCUCUGCGCCAUCGACUUCUCAGUGGCAGACCAGCAUGCCGACAGAAGAUGACACCAAGAUCGCGCUGCACCUCAAGGACACCGGAGCCUCUCCAGCGGACAGUGCCACUGAGAAGAAGGGUGGCUCACUGCACACGGGCCUCAUCGUUGGAAUCCUGUUCAUCAUCCUCAUCAUGGUGGGCGCCAUGCUGGUGAGCGUCUACAUGUACCACCACCCCACGUCGGCGGCCAGCCUGUUCUUCAUCGAGAGGCGCCCGAGCAGGUGGCCCGCCAUGAAGUUUCGCCGUGGCUCCGGUCAUCCCGCCUACGCCGAAGUGGAGCCGGCCGGCCAGGAGAAGGAGGGCUUCAUCGUGUCCGAGCAAUGCUGAGGGCGGCUCGUGUCGCUUGACCGCGGGAGGAGAGGCUGCAGUGCGGCGGGGCGCAGGCCACAGAGACGGCUGGCUGUGCCCUCUGAAGCCGCCCGCUGUCCCGUUCUUGUAGUGCCAAUGGGACCCGCACCCACUUGCUGGACCCGGUGCUGACCAAUCAGCGGGACCUCCUGUCCGUCCCAUUUUCUUUCUUUCUUUCUUUCUUUGUUUUUUUGCACUCCUUCCUGCCUUCCUCAGAUGACCACCCUGCUUGUGCCCGAUGAUUCGGCACUCGUCUAGAAGACUGGAGGGUGGCAGAACUUUGUACGCUGGUUUUGGGGCUGUGGAGCAGCACUUUGUGACAUUUAAUGUGACAUUGAAUGUGAGAGGGGAGAAGAUGGAGAAAACUACUGAGUAUGGUGGGGGGUGGCAAUCAGUGGCAAGUGUCACCCCGCUUUAUUUAAGGUCCUCGUGUGACAGCUGAGUGAGGGGAUCAGCUGACCACACUGUCCAUUCUUUUCUUUUUUUUUUGCAUUAUUUUUUUGCCCCCGUCCACCCAAAAUAUUCGUCUCCCAGAGCCCCCGCGUCACCACUUCCUGUCAUGGCAUCAGGACCCCGAUGUGACCUGUAGGGACCCACUGCUGGAGCGACAGUCACUUUGACAAACUGUUUUCUUCUUGUUGGCCACUGCAUUUGCCCCGGUGGUCCAGUGAAUUCUUCUGCCUGACUUCCUCUUUCACUGUGAGCACUGUUACGAAAGGCGCUAUAAAGCAAUGACCAAACCUCCAGCCCAGUAGCCACACUGGCACCAUGCCCGCCUGCAGCCUUUGGUGUUUAGUCCUUGGUGGCCUGCAUGUCAAUAAAGUCCAUCCACACGGCCACCCGGCUGCAUCCGCUUUCUUUAAGGCACCCGAAUGGUGAAAUGGCAGGGUGGUCUUUCAGGCCCCCCCCUCCACGGAACUUGGUGAUCUUGGGAUGUGCUUCCCUGCUCAGCAGUAGAUGACAAGGCCCCCUAGUGGCCGCCCCAGACUCGCACUCGCCCCCCUGUGUGGGUCCCAUCAGCAGUCAGAAGUCACAGAAGUGGACAGAGCCGGACUGACAAGUGAAAGGUGCUAUAAACUCAAAAGGCAGGACUGCACUACGACCUCCACAGGGAUGGCACUUGUUCACUCUGGAAGGGCACUAUAUA